AUUCACUUUCAGUUGCCAUUAUGGUUGAAAAACUUAAGCAAGAAUCGUACAAUCCUGUACUUCUUUAUAAACCUCAGGGAAGAUGUACAUUGUAUGGUCCUAAAGGUCUGGAUGAAUUACCUUUUGCUCAUGAAUCUUUUGCACUUGGUUUGCAGACUGAAGAACAAAAAGCCAUGAUGAUCCAAGGUUGUAAUAGAAUUCUUUGCAUAGAUUCAACUCAUAAAACAAAUCAGUAUGAUUUCUUUCUGAUAAAUUUAAUUGUUCCUGAUGAAUUUGGUGCUGGAUAUCCUGUAGCCCAUUUCAUCACUAAUCAUUUAGAUUAUAACACAAUGUAUCAUUUGUUUUUAAGCAUCAAAUGUGCAGUACCUGAACUAAGCGUAAAUUGUAUCAUGACAGAUGAUGAUAAGACUAGUUUUUCUGCUUUUAAUCAAGUUUUUGGUCCAGAUAUUAAGCAUCUAUUAUGUAAAUGGCAUGUACACCACACUUGGCAUCGUAAAUUGUUUUCAAUGGUUCCAGAUUGCGAUCUACGAAAAGAACUUUAUUUAAAUUUGACAACAUUAAUGGAAGAAAAUAAUUCAGGUGAAUUUGCAAUCAUGAUGGAUAAUUUCUUGCAGAAGUUUUUGACUCGUGCACCAUCAUUCAUUAAAUAUUUUGAGGAACAGUAUUACUGUAGGGCUAAUCUCUGGGCUAUGUCAUAUAGGAAUUUUCCUCAUGCAUUUACAGAUACAAAUAUGUAUUGUGAAUCUUUCCAUAACAAAAUAAAAACUAUGUAUUUUAAACGUAAAUUUAAUAGAAGGUUAGAUAAUUUGAUAAAUUUGCUUUUGAAAAUUGAAGAAGAUAUAUUUAUUGCCUAUAAUUAUAAAAUAAAAAUUAACUGCAAACCAAGCGUAUAUCCCCCUUUGUACCAUAAUAGACAUGAAUCUGGAAUGAAGAUUCCUGAUGAUUCUAUCAUUAGAUGUGAUACUUCUUCUUGGGUUAUCAAAUCUCAAAGUAAUAACAGUAUUCAAUAUAGCGUUAAACUUAUUGAUGAAGUGUGCCCUUUAAUUGACCAUUGUUAUUUAAACUGUAUUAAACUUCCAUGUUUAAAUUUGUGUAGUCAUAUGUAUUUUUGUGAUUGUGGAGAUGUUAGCCGGUUAUGCAAGCAUAUACACAAAAUUCAUUCUUUUGCAUGCAGACAAGCAUGUAAUCUUUCCAUCAAGAGUCAAUCUCCCAUUAGAAUAGAAAAUAAUUACCCUGAAAUUAAAUUUAAUUCAAAAUUAGUUUCUACACUUUCUGUGCCGAAUUGUACUGAAAAUAAAAUAGAAAAUUGUGGAGCAUUAAUGUCCGAACUGCUGAGCAUGUUACCUAAUCCAACAGUUCAAAAAGUGCUCUUAUCAGAUAUUACAAAAAAUUUUAAAAAUAUGGUGUCUAACUGUAGAGGUGUGUUACAGUUAAAGCAUCUGCAAGAAUUCUCUGAUAAAUUGCCGUGCCCCCCGCAUCGCUCCCAAUCAAAAAAUAACGCAACAACCAUUGUUCCGAACGACAAGCAAGAAAGGUCUUAAGCGCAAAACUCCAGAUUUUCCUUCCUCUUAUGAUAAAGAAAAUAUUAAAGAAGAUUUGUUAUAUUUGCCUAAUGCAUAUAAGCCUCCUGUAAAUAAAUGUAUUACUACCAUAUCAAGUGUUAAUAGUAACUAGUUAGGUAAUACAAAUAAAUAUGCAUCUUUUACUCCAAAGAUUAAUAAUGUUGAUGAUGUUGGAAAGUGUAUUAUCCGUGUUGGUAACAUUCCCCUUACAUUAAGAGAUAUAAAGUCUUUAGAUCCUUUUAUUCCUAAACAAGAAAUUUUAUUAUUAAAAACUGCAACUUCGAAUUCUUUUCAGCUUGGAUGGCUCACUGAUAAUGUAAUUGAUGCUUUCUUACAUCAUGUUCUUUUAAAUUCAAGUUCUUUAGCUGCUAUGUGUAUCCAUUCAGUUUUAUUUCAGUCAGACAUUUUGUAUCAAAAUUUAUGGACGAAAGAUAAGCUAUUGUGUGCUAAAUUUGUUUUCAUUCCAGCUCUUAUUAAUAAUAACCAUUGGGUUUUAUUAGUUGCCUAUAUUCAAGAAAGGAAGUUUGAGUUUUAUGAUCCAUUAGAUGUACAUUCUGGACAGAAUGUUAAUUUCAUUAUGGAAAAAUUUACUUAACAAUAUUUUAAAUGUAACUGACAAUUGGAGAAUCUCCUUCCCUAAACACACAAGCCAAGAUGACAGCAUGAGCUGUGGUGUGUUUAUUUGCUAUUUUGCUUAUCAGAUUCUGAAGGGUUUAGAUGUAAGUGAAAAUUUCAAUUCAUGCAAUUUUAGAAAAUUAUUUAUGCAAGUAUGAGCAAAAUGAUAGAUAAUAAUUAGGAGGUGUUUGAGUUGAUAUGGACCCUGAAUAAGUGAGAAAUUCUGUUAACUAGCAUUAUAAUACCAAAGCUAAAAAUAUAUAAUAAAUUCCAGUAAUAAUUUACAAAAAAGUUGCUUUGAAGUGUCAGAAUGCAAGUCAUAUCCUGAAAAUUUAGCUUGUUAAAAACUUUUUAUUUUAUUAUUCUUAAAAUUAAAUGUUUUAAAAAAAUUGUUAUCUUAGUAAUGCAAGGGUAGUUUUUUAUGCAGUUUUCAUAUAUUUAUGUAAUAUCAGUAUCAUUAAUUUAUUUAUAUGAUGUAAUAAAAUAUUAAUAAAAAAGUUUGUUGUGUGUAUCUUUGUUCAACACAUCUUACCCCCUCAAAAAAAUUGAAAACUUAUUUCCUAUAAGAAGUUAACUGUAAUGUAGGAAAGCUAAUCAGUGGCUACAGAAUAUUUGUAGUUUAACCCAAAUAGUCUUCUUAGGGAUUGAAAAUACUGGCUGCAUGAGGUUUUUGUGGUUUUCCUCAUGUGUAACGUGAAUACGAGUCAGAAGUUUUCCACAAAGUUGACCCUUUUAAAAUAGAUUAAAAAAGUUAGAUGUAUAGAAAGGCCAAUAGGUUCAUAGGCAUAAUUAUUCCUAUUAUGUAAAACAGCUGCUUUGAGGAAAACUGUGAGAGAAAAAAUUUUAAAUUGAUGAUGCUGAGUGAAUUGAAACUAGUGCCAUAUUUAUUCUCAUUAUUCAAAACUGCUUUAGGAAAGAUUUUAAAUGAAGUAUGCUAUAAAAUUAAAUAUGUUAUUAAUCUGUUGCUUUAAUAGUUCAUUAAUACUCUUAAUUCAGUUUUGUUCAUCAGGCUUUUGUAAUAUUUAAAUUAAACUGUAUCUUUUUAUUAAACCAAAUAAAUAUAUAUUAAUAUCUUAAAACUGUUAAAAAAUAAACUUAAAAAGUUACAAUGACAUUUUUUUUUAAUAAAUAUCAUUUGUUAAUUUGUUGUCCCAAGUAAAACUGAGAGUGACUAAAAACUUUAAAAUGUUCUGGUUAUAGACCCAUUUUAUACUGUAAAUCAAAAUAUUGUAUUAAGAAAAUACAAAAUUUGAGAACAACCUUUAACAGAAAAUUUAAAUAAAACUACUUUUGACCAUUACUGUCUAAAAAAAAUUUUUUUAGCUCCUGUGUCAUAUUCCCAAAAAAUUAAUAGUUUUAUUUAAAAUUUCUGCCGAUCUAUGCAUUGUCAUAAGAGUUUAAAAGUUAGAGCAUACAUAAGAGUUAUCAUAAAGUUAAAUAAAUUUUAAAAAUAUAAUACACCAUAUUUAAUGUUAUAAAUUAGGAAAGCACACAAGUAACCAAA